CGGGGCUGCUGGGGAGUCUCCUCCGUGAGGGAGGCUGGAAAUGGCGGCGGCUGGGAGGGGGGAGAAGAAGAAGAGGCGGAGGCGGAGGCGGCCGACCCGGGUGGAGAAGAAGCAGCGGCAGCAGCAGCAGGAGGCAGCCGAGGCCACCCUGCCGGGGACCCCAAGACCGGGGCGCCCGGAAUAAGAGGCGGAGCAGGCGACACCCCCGCCGCCCCCCCCAAAGCACAUGCGAGUGUUGGAAGCUAAAGCUACCAAAGAAGUCGAAAGAAAACUAAGCAGGGAAUUGGUGCAAGAGGAGGAAGAACAGUUGAUGGAAGAAAGGAAAAAGAGGAAAGACGACAAGAAGAAGAAAGAAGCUGCUCAGAAAAAGGCCGCUGAACAAAAAAACAAAGUGCCGGAACCUGCCAAGCCCAGUGUCAAUCAGCUAUUACCUGCCACCUCCACUGCCGGCACAACCACAGCAACCAGCAGUGUUGGUGGCAAUAAUAAUGCCAAGAGGGCUUUGGUCAGUAGUCAGCAGCAGCAGCAGCAGCAGCAGUCAUCAUCGUCGUCCUUGCCUCGCUACCCGCCUCGCGAAGUCCCUCCGCGGUUCCGGCACCAUGAGCAGAAGCAACUCUUGAAGCGAGGGCAGCCACUGCCGGGGAUUGCUGCAACCCUGGGGGCGGCAUCUAAACUGCUGAACGGCCAGUCCGAAGGGAGCCCAGUAACAAGCGAGCAACCUGCAGCGGGUGGCGAAGGGCAGAGCAGCAGCAAAAAGCAAACAGAUCUGAACCACAGCACACUAGGAUCCCAUUAUGAGAACUCUCAGUGGGGAACAGUCUCUUCCAGUGGUGACUCCAGCACAAACUGGGAUAAAGUUAUUGUAGACGGCUCAGACAAGGAGGCAUGGCCCUCAAUCACCGGCAGUGACGUGGAGCUGGCUUCAGAAUGUACGGACACUGACUGUGCUUCUGCCUCGAGUUCUGGGUCAGAGAGGAACCUCGUCACUAUGGCUUCAAGGGGCCCUGGCAGUGAAGUGAAUGGCUUGCGGAACGGCGGCAGCAGCCACUGUCCUCAGGCCAAGUUUGUCAACAGUAGCAACAGCAAUAACGUGGGCAACGGGAGCGUUGGCAGAUCAUGGGGCAUGUCCCUCGGCUCCCUCGUGAGCUCCUGCUCGCCGAUGCCCGCCGAUGCUCCUAACGGCAUGUCGGAAAGUAGCAACAAUAGAAUGAACACUUGGAGCGCGCUCAACUCAUCCAAUGGAGGAUUAAAUCCCAGCACUUUGAAUUCCAACGGCCACCGCAGUGCCUGGCCUGUCUUGGAGAACAAUGGGCAUGCCCUGAAAGGGCCCGGAGGAAGCGGUAGCUGCAGCACAGGUUUAGGUCAGAUGGCGAACAAUCAGAGUAUGAACUCGUCCAGCCUUGGCGGCUCCUGGGCCAGCCUCCAGGAAAACUGUGAUCCCCAAGCGAAUGGUACAAGGAAGGCUUCGCGGAGUGGGCAGCCUCAGAGCCUUAACCCCGAAGUGAAUGGACCAAAUAAUAAUAACACUACUAACUUUAUGACCUCUAGUUUACCAAACCCUGCUGGUUCGAUGCAGGUGACUGAACCGGCAAGUAGUAAUACAGGGCCUGGGGCCUGGUGCGUGAGUGCCAAGAGCAGUCGGCCUCAGCCCCAGGCCUCCUCUCCAGUAAUAAGCAGCACUUCCGUUUCUCACCUGAGCAAUGGUGAAGCAAAAAAUGGUGGAACUCCCAGUACUCUGUGGGGCACCUACAGCCCUGCUUACUCCGGAGACACCUGCUCAAACAGCCAAGCCAAUAGCGACACUGUGAAUGCAAACCUAAUGCAGCCUGGGCUCAGCGGGACCAGCAGCACUAACUUUGAAAUCAAUGGGGAGAAAGGAGCAGGGGCGUGGGAGGCGGCAGGCGGGGGGGCCAGUGCCCAGAAUGUGGUGUGGGGGGGUGGGAUUGGAAUGGGCUCUGGAGGAGGAGGCUGUGGCCGGAGGGGUCCUGCCCAAAGCACCACCUUAGCCGACGGAGAGUGGAACAAACUUCCAAGCAGCCCCCACACCUCCAAGGGCGGCAGUGGGAACGUUAAGAAGUUUACAAACAUGCGGAAAUCAUCUGAGGAGGAGAGUGCCGCAGUCGACAUCCAGAGUUUUGCAGCAAUUCAGAAUGUGGAGCAGAACGGUGGGUGGACGAAAAGCAGUAUUGCGGAUAGUGACGGCAGUACCGAGAGCCCUGAGGAAAGAUCUGCCGCGGAAGGGGCGAACCGCGAAAGGAGGAAAGCUGACCAGCACGCGUUGCUCCAAAGCAUAGUGAACAGGACAGAUCUGGACCCCCGGGUCCUUUCCAAUUCUGGUUGGGGACAGACUCCAAUCAAACAAAACACUGCCUGGGACACAGAGGUUUCCUCAAGAGGGGAGAAGAAGGCUGAUAAUGGGACGGAGGCCUGGAGGGGCUGCGUGGCCCAAGCCUGCGGCUCAGGGGGCCUCACGGAGAGGUCCAGCCUGCAUGGCAACAACGCUCCAUCCAGCCAGGGUUGGGGCGAUCCAAAGUCUGCUACAAGGUGGGGGGACUCCAAAGUCUCCGGCACCCAGGGGGGGUGGGAAGAGGGCUCUGCUUCCACUGCACAGGCCAAGGGCAAUCAAUCAUGGGGGAGCGGCAAAGAGGACAGGUGCUCAUCAUUGCAGUGGAGUGACCCAGACAAGCUCAAGCAGGGGUGGGGAGAUGGGCAGAAGGCAAGCCCCGGGUGGGCGGCCCCAGCUGUCGACGGCUGGGGGGAGAACCUGAGAAGCAAUCAUUGGGGCGAGGUGAAGAAAUCCAGUUCCGGCAGCAGCGAUAGCGACAAGUCGACCUCUGGCUGGAAAGAGCCGGGCAAGUCCGGCACUGGGCACUGGGGGGGAGGCGGCAGCAACAAUGCCAAGCCAACGAGCUGCACGGGAUGGGAAGAGUCUGCCAAGCCAAGCCAAAGCCAGGGAUGGGGAGAAUCUCCUAAGCCAAGCCGCUCCCAGAGCUGGGGGGGAGAGGCACCCUCCAAGCCCCCUCCUUCCCCAGACUGGAACAAGCAACAAGAGGUGGGCUGCUGGGGGGCACCAUCUGCGGCAGGCAAGCCGCCGGCUGCAGGAUGGCUAGGAGGACCAAUGCCGGCUGCAGCCAAGGAAGAGGAGCCCACCGGGUGGGAGGAGCCAUCCCCCGAGUCCAUUCGCCGCAAAAUGGAGAUUGACGAUGGAACUUCUGCUUGGGGCGACCCGAGCAAGUACAACUACAAGAAUGUGAACAUGUGGAACAAGAACACACUGAACAGUGGCAGCGGCUGUUCAGACCAGCAGGCACAGUUACAGCAGCAAGGGCUUGCUUCAAGCGCUGUGAGCAGCAUGGAGACUGGUGGCGGCAGUGGCAGCAGCUCUGGUUGGGGAGAGCCUCUUCCUGCUCCUGUUACUGUAGACAAUGGCACAUCAGCUUGGGGCAAGCCUGUUGAUGCUGGUACGAACUGGGGAGAAUCGGUCAGUGAUGCUAUGAGUGCCGGUAGCUGGGGGAACACAUCUGCUGGGCAGCAGGCUCCUCAUAAACCUGGACCUAAGUCUAUGCAAGUUCCAGAUGGCUGGUGUGGGGGUGACAUGCCUUUGCCAGGAAGCCAUCAGUCGAACUGGGAGGAAGAGGACGACGUUGAGAUUGGGAUGUGGAACAGCAACUCUGCCCAAGAAGCCAAUGCCUCUCUACACUGGCCACCAUACCCUAAAAAGAUGCCUUCUAAGGGAACAAUGAAAAAUGGAAACAAGCAAGACGAAACGUGGAUUAAUCCAUUUGUGAAACAGUUUGUGAAUCUCGGCUUCCAUAGAGAGUCACCAGAAGAAAUGAUGCAGAGCAAUAAGAUGGAUGUAUCUGGAGGGAUCUUGCCGGACAAACGGAUGGAGAUGGACAAGCACAGCCUGAAUGCUGGAGAGUACAGCCGGGUGAUAGGAAAAGGCCCUGGUGCCCGCCCUCAGAUUUCCAAAGAGUCUUCCGUGGAUCGAAAUCCUUACUUUGAUAAGGAUGGCCUUGUUGUAGCAGACGAUUCCCAGAACAUGCAGUUUAUGUCCAAUCAGAACGUGAAGUUUCCCCCUUCAAACAGUGCACUACCUAACCAGGCCCUUGGCUCCCUAACAGGGCUGGGUAUGCAAAACUUGAAUUCUGUUAGACAGAAUGGCAACCCCAGUAUGUUUGGAAAUCUAGCAGCACAGCCCCGGAGUAUGCAGCCGUCUCCAGCACAGCCUCUUAACUCAUCUCAGCCUAAUCCACGCGCUCAAGUGCCUCCUCCAUUGCUCUCCCCUCAGGUUCCCGUAUCCUUGCUGAAGUAUGCACCAAACAACGGGGGUCUGAAUCCACUCUUUGGCCCGCAACAGGUAGCCAUGUUGAACCAACUCUCCCAGCUCAACCAGCUUUCCCAGAUCUCCCAGUUACAACGAUUGCUGGCCCAGCAGAGGAAAGUGCCGAGCCAGAGAAACAUGUCCUCUGCUGUGGGUGGCAGCCGCCAGGAGCAGCAGCAGCAGCAGCAACAACAGAGUCGCGCUCUCAAUAUGCAGCAACAGAUGAUGCAACAGUCUUGUCAGCUGGAUCCAAACCUACUCAUGAAGCAGCAGCAGCAGCAGCAGCAGCUGCUCCCAUCCCAACAGCAGCUCCAUCAUUCCACCAUGAAGUCUUUCGUGGAGAACGUUGUGCCCCACGCCAACCCAGAGCUGCAGAAAGGGCCGUCACAAAUCAAUGCAUUCAGCAACUUUCCCAUAGGAGUGAACUCAAACUUGAAUGUAAAUAUGGACUUGGGCAGUAUUAAGGAGCCACAGUCCCGGCUGAGAAAAUGGAUGACUGUGGACAGUAUUUCUGCUAACACAUCGUUGGAUCAAAAUGCCAGCAAAAACGGUGCUAUUUCAAGUGGCUUUAGGUUGGAGGAAACUCCCUUUGUUCCCUACGACUUCAUGAACAGCAGUAACUCACCAGCCAGCCCUCCUGGAUCGAUUGGGGACGGCUGGCCACGUGCCAAAUCGCCUAACGGUUCUAGCAGUGUCAAUUGGCCACCAGAAUUUCGUCCUGGUGAGCCGUGGAAAGGCUAUCCAAACAUCGACCCUGAAACUGACCCGUACAUCACUCCCGGCAGCGUCACAAACAAUCUGUCAAUUAACACUGUGCGGGAGGCCGACCACCUCAGGGACAGGAACAGCGGGUCAUCCUCAUCUCUGAACACCACGCUGCCUUCAACUAGUGCCUGGUCAUCCAUUCGUGCCUCCAACUACAAUGUUUCCCUCAGCAGUACAGCACAAAGCACUUCUUCUUCAGCCAGAAACAGUGACUCCAAAUCGACGUGGUCUCCUGCUUCCAUUAACAACACCUCUCUGGCUCAUGAGCUGUGGAAGGUUCCUUUGCCACCCAAGAGCAUCACCGCUCCCUCGCGCCCACCGCCAGGACUGACCGGGCAGAAGCUGCCUCUGUCCUCGUGGGAGAACUCUGCGCGGCUCGGGGGCAGCUGGAGCAAUUCCGAUGCCAGAUAUACCCCUGGUUCAAGCUGGGGUGAGAGCAGCUCAGGGAGAAUAACCAACUGUCUUGUCCUGAAGAACCUCACACCUCAGAUUGAUGGCUCCACCCUGCGGACACUGUGCAUGCAGCACGGGCCGCUGAUCACAUUCCACCUGAACCUGCCCCACGGCAAUGCAUUGGUCCGCUACAGUUCAAAAGAAGAGGUGGUGAAGGCACAAAAAUCUCUCCACAUGUGUGUCCUCGGGAACACUACGAUCCUUGCUGAUUUUGCCAGUGAAGAGGAGAUCAGCCGCUUCUUUGCACAAGGCCAGUCUCUCUCCCCCUCCCCUGCCUGGCAGUCUCUGGGCACAAGUCAGACCCGCCUGGGGCGCCUCGAUGGCUCCCACGCAUUUUCCAACCGCAACGACCUAAACAGCCACUGGAAUGGCGCUGGGCUUUCAGGAACGGGGAGCGGAGACCUCCACGGCACAUCCCUCUGGGGGAGCCCUAACUAUUCCACAAGCCUCUGGGGUUCCCUGGGCAGCAACGACACCAGGGGAGGGCUGAGCAGCCCGUCCCCUCUCAAUGCUUUCCUCUCCGUUGACCACCUGGGGGCCGGAGGGGAGUCCAUGUAGCCACCUCUUCUUCUAUCAGUGAACAAAACUGUGACCUCAAAGCAGCACUAAAUUUGGACUCCCCAUCCCCACCCCUCCCCGCCCUCCCCACUUGCAGCCUCCAGGGGUCACCUGUGGAAACGGUUACUUCUACUUCGUGCGCACAUUUCCUCCCCUCUUCCCCGCCCCCUUUGUUUUAGCCCAAAACAUCCCAGUUUGAAUACUUGAAUCGUGCAGGCCAAUAAUUAUAAUGUGAAAAAAGUUAUAGAUUUUACACUUCCAGGAUAUAGUGCUAUACAAGAAAAAACAAAACUACGUAGAAUCAGCUUGCUUUUCAUGUGUUCCAUCGCUUUUUUAUUUUAUUUUAUUUUUAUUUUUUGCUUUGUGGAUUCAUCAUCAUUGUCAUCAUCAUUCUUACUAUUUUUGCAACUUGCUGAUGAUGGAGUUUGAGCUUUUUUAGGCUUUGCACAGACUCUGUCCUUCUCCCUGCCCCACAAUCGUCAAGGUGGGGGCAGCAGCAGCAGCUCGCGGGUGGCGCUUCCUGGAGGACAGACAGAAGGAUGCUCCUUGCUUUGGACCAGGCUGUGCCCCACUAUGCCUUGACGCCUGCCUGCCCACCUAGCCGCUACCUGGCGGCCCUCCAGCACCCAACAAUCGAAUGAUGAGACUGGUACCUAGGAUGCCAAGCGGAAAAGCCUUGCACCUGUUUGUUCAUGUGGAAUUAAACUAAAGAAUGGAGCUCUGCAGUUUCUGAAACUGCAUGCACAGCUAUGACUGGCAACCCGGCCUGCUUGUCUGGGCAGGGGGUCCUGCACUUUCAAUAGGCGUUUGGUAUUUUUGUUUUUGUUUUAUUUUGGGGGGGCUCCUGUGUUGGGGUGCUGCCUUGUUUACAGAAAUCUUUUGUUUUCUUUCUUUUUCUUUUGAGAAACAAUGUUUACUCGACCAUCACUUAAAUAUUUUUUAAAAACAAAAAAAAAUUGUGGAUGUUAAAAGAUGCUUUCUAUCUCUGGGAAUAACGAGCAGUGUUUGGCCAUGUUCCAUUUGUGUUUUUUCUAUUCCCACCUCCUAAAUCUAAGAGCAUGGCUCUCAGGAAAAACCAAGGUCCCUAAGUAAAACUCCUUGUAGUUUCUUAUAGGAAAAUAACUUUUAGCACUGAUUACUACUUGCUCUGUAAACCUUCUGCCAAAAAUUGCUUCAAAUCGCUGGAGUUCGACAUUCUGUGCUUUCCAAUGCUGUCUUUUUAAUAGUGUGGGGUGGGAGAGGGGUGCUUGGCUCUUAAUCUCUAGUUUCCCCCCAAUUUUUGUAAAGCCGGCCCCCUUGUUCCUUUCCUCCUCCCCUCCCCCCCCCUUUUGGUGUGGCCCUUCUUCCUGCUCUCGUGACUGUGUUCAGUGUUUAACCUUAAAGCUGAAGUAACUAUGCAGACUGUAACCAAGAACUUGGGCUUACAGAAUUUUGUUGUAUAAAUUUUAAAUGUUUUAAAAGUUCCUGCAAAUACUUUUCUUGUGAAAGUGUUAAAAUCAUCUUCCUCUCUUUUGCCACAAAUGGUGUUAUUACCUGAAGCUUGUUUAGUUGGAGGAUGAAAGACUAAACAAGGAUAAAAAAGUAAAGAAACCAAUUUUUUUAACUGUGCUGAAAGACGCUCUCAUUUCAUUGCCUUGAUUCUAACUGUUGUGUCUGAAGAUGCAAAAGUCGCCAGUGGCUUUUUAACUGUUUACAAAUAGAGUGUGAUUGUAAAAUGUACAGUUUGGGUUGUGUUCUAAUUAUGAAGUUUCUCCAGAUAUUAAUAAAUCAUGACAUUUUUUGGCUGCUUACCAUGGAA